UUUGCAGUACACACCAACAUGUCGUGUUAUGCCUCUGAUAAUUGCAUGUAAUUGUUCUGUUCUUUUUCAAGAACAUUAUGAAUUUAACUUUUGUGUGCCCAGAAGUUGUUAAAUACUGAGCAUGUACUUUGAAAUCUAGUAAUUCUGAGCUAAGUUUUUAGGAUAGUGAUAGUGGCCAAGAGUUAAAUGAUUAUAAAGGAGAAGCAACUUGAUUUGUAGCAGUAUCAUACGAUGCACAAACUGAAGCCAUUUUUCCUAUGCCAACUUUUGACCAAAGACAAAUGUAACAAAUGUAUGUGCCAUCUACUUGCAUUUUUUUCUUAGGGAUGAGUUUUGAUCAAGUAUUCUGAUGUUACAGUAGUCAUAAAAGGUGCUGUAUGUAUGCAGAUGUGUUUACUAUGAAGCUCCUGGACAUCUUCAAAGUGUAAGGCAGUGUGUGAACAUGGAGGGUAUGUUGGCUUUGUCUGGGAAAGACUUGGCCUGGCUGGAAAAGAAGCUGUGCAGGGUCUUAUUCUGGGGGUGUGUGUUCUGUUGUUUUUCUUUUUUUAGUUAGAUUGGUAUUUUGCAUAUCAACUUAGAAAACAAAGACUUUGUAAACUAAUAGAAUUCCUUUUCAGGCAGGUGUUAACUAGAAACUAGUGGUCCUUGGAAGAGUAUGUUUAUUUCUCUGGGCUGUUGUUAGUGUAGUAUCAGAGCUGCCAGUCAUUGACUAGUGUAUUACCCAUGUGGAAGUAGCUGUACAGUUCUGUGCGUGGAGCACUGGAGUUAAUGCCAGAGAUAGAACUUGGUUUCUCUGGAGCAGCAUAAUUACAGGCUUACAUUCCUUUUGCAUCUGGGAAGAAUGAGCGUGCUUUAAUAUGUACACAUGUUAACUGUGUGAGCUUAGGCAUCUUUCUAGCUGUAGAUGUUAGCUUGUUUUAGCUGUAAAUGUGUGCACAUGUGCUGUCUGAUGAAUGUCUUCUUGCUAAAUAGAUGUCACAUCUGGUUCAGAGGAGAACUGUUGAGGUAAUCACAUUGUGCUUCUUGUCUCUGGCACUGUUUUGGUUUACAGUGUUCUUUAUAAGACUUCAUUCUCAAAGCUGUUGAAUUUCUUAACCUUGGGCUGUAUUUACUUUUUGCCUCUGCAGUAGUCUAGAUAAGUAGGUUACCACAGCCCAAGUUGCUGUUUGGAAGCAGAGCUGUAUUAACUGACACUAUGAAUGCUCUAUGCCUGCCAAAAUGUGAGGUGUAAGAGUGUCAGAAAACAGGGGGUUCUAGUAAACAGAUUUUACUCCGCAUUUGGGACUAACCAGGAACACGCACAUGGUCAGUCACUGAACUAACUUGAUUACUUGAGAUGCUGUCCUCUUGCUAAGAAAUUUAGAUUUGUAGGGAUCUCUUUUGAAUGGCAGUUUUCCCUUGUGUGUUUUUAUAGGUUUAGCUUAAAAGCUGUUAAUACACUGGAUGAACAGCCUUUUCCUGAAAUGUUGGGAAUAUUUGCCUAUUUCUAAUACCUUAAGGUGAAAGUCUAAGGGUGAUUUGCAGAUCCCAGUGAUGCAGGUCUCAUCUCUAGUCUGUCCUUGUGCAGCAGUACAGGUGCUACGUCCUGGGUGUUGCUCUCCAGCUUAAGCAGUCAGAUGGUGAACGUGAAACCCCUGUUCUUUUGAAGGGCUCGGUUCUGUUUUCUCUCUUCAUCGUUGUCUAGCUGCUGACAAGAAAGGAAGAUGAAUUCCUCUUCUCCUGCUUCUCUGGUUGUCUUGGGAAUGGAUUUCAGUCUCUUGAGUGUUGUCUGCUGGUUAAGAAGGUGGCUUCUCAACUGUCUUUCUGGUGCGUACCCACGGUGGGAUACGUUGUGCGCUAAAACGAAUGUAUGUUAAUAAUGUGCCGGAUCUCAACAUCUGUAAGAGAGAAAUUACAAUUAUGAAAGAGUUGUCUGGGCACAAGAAUAUUGUGAGCUAUUUGGACUGUGCUGUUAACUCCAUAAGUGACAAUGUUUGGGAGGUGCUCAUUCUUAUGGAGUACUGUCGAGCUGGGCAAGUUGUGAAUCAGAUGAAUCAGCGUCUGCAGACCGGCUUUACUGAGUCAGAAGUAAUGAGAAUAUUUUGUGAUACCUGUGAAGCUGUCGCGCGGUUGCAUCAGUGCAAAACACCUGUAGUUCACCGGGAUUUAAAGGUGGAGAAUAUAUUGUUAAACGAUAGUGGCAACUAUGUCCUCUGUGACUUUGGCAGUGCCACUAACAAAUAUCUUAAUCCUCAAAAAGAUGGUGUUAAUGUGGUUGAAGAAGAAAUUAAAAAGUAUACAACACUGUCAUACAGAGCUCCUGAAAUGAUCAAUCUUUAUGGAGGAAAAACAAUUACUACCAAGGCAGAUAUCUGGGCACUUGGCUGCUUGCUUUAUAAACUUUGUUUCUUUUCACUUCCCUUUGGAGAAAGUCAAGUUGCUAUUUGCGAUGGAAGCUUUACUAUUCCAGACAAUUCCCGAUACUCUCAUAGUAUACACUGUUUGAUAAGAUAUAUGCUUGAACCAGAUCAAGAACAGAGACCUGAUAUCUUUCAAGUAUCUUACUUUGCCUUUAAACUUGCCAAAAAGGAUUGUCCAGUGUCUAAUAUUAAUAAUUCUCCUGUCCCUUCAACUCUCCCUGAACCCAUGACAGCUAGUGAGGCAGCUGCUAGAAAAAGCCAAAUAAAAGCAAGAAUAACAGAUACUGUUGGACCAACAGAAACCUCAAUUGCACCACGACAAAGACCAAAGGCCAAUUCAAGCACUGUCACUUCUAGUGUGCUGACCAUCCAGAGCUCAGCAACUCCAGUCAAAGUACAAGUUCCUGGUGAAUUUGGUAAUCAUGGGCAAAAAGGAACCACGCGACCAGGGAACAGACAAGAAAUCCUGCAGUCCCAAGGGACCAACCAGCACCCCCCGCAGCAGAACAGAGUUCUCCAGCAGCUGCAGCAGGGUGACUGGAGGCUGCAGCAGCUGCACCAUCUGCAUCACCAGCACCAACCUACGAUUCAGGAUGCUUAUAUUCAGCAGUAUCAACAAGCAAUGCACCAGCAGAUGGUCCAACAGCAGCUGUUGAUGCAGUCUGUGUACCAGCAGCAACCUUCCCAAUCUCAAUACCCUGCUAUGGUGCAGCAAUAUCAGCAGGCUCUGCUACAGCAGCAGAUGCUUGCUCAGCAGCAACAGCGGUCACAACAGGCACAAUCUCCUGAAUAUAUCACUUCUCCUCAAGACUUCUCACCAGCCUUAAUCUCCUACCCCGGGUCACUGCCAGUGCGUGCUGGAACAGUGGCAGAUUCUCCCUACCCUGCAAGCAGGUCAGGUAUUCCUGAUGCCGAAUCAAUCACCAGUUACCCAAAGCAGAACAUCAGUAACCCACCUGAUAUGUCAGGCUGGAACCCAUUUGGAGAGGACAAUUUUUCCAAAUUGACAGAGGAGGAGCUGCUGGACAGAGAAUUUGACCUGCUAAGAUCAAACAGGCUGCUGGACAGGACAGCAUCUUCAGAUAAGAAUGUGGAGGCACAUUCUGCUCCACAGAAAAAUCCUCCUGAAGAUCCCUUUGGUUCUGUUCCUUUCAUUUCUCACCCAGGUUCCCCUGGAAAACCAGCUGAUAACUCGACUGGUAAUCAAGGAAAUAACUUAGGGACGCCAACCAAGGCUGGAAAGCUGAGCCAUGCUUUUAGAGAUCCCCGGCCGGGGAGGAAGACUGCAGAGGGACAAGUGACAAAGGGUGGCGGUGGCGAUGAGUCAGAGAGUGAUUUUGAAUCUGAUCCUCCUUCUCCCAAGAGCAGUGAGGAAGAAGAAGAACAGGAGGAUGAAGAAGUGUUGCAGGGAGAGAAUGGAGACUUCAAUGAUGACAAUGAUACAGAACCGGAGAAUUUAGGCCACCGACCUCUCCUCAUGGACUCGGAGGAAGAGGUGGAGGAAGAGGAGGAAGAGAAGCAAAGUUCUGACUCUGAUUCUGAUCGUACUAAGCAAAAGUCUGUGGAAGGGCUCCUGAGUGGUAGGUUCAGAGACGGUGUGGGCAGUGGUGAAAUCAAAGAACCCGCUUCAAUGCAUAUGUCCUUGUCUGAGGUGCCAAGUACUAUAAUCCCAGUGAACCCUGGCCAAGAAUUUGAUGUGUUUGGGGCAGUGCCCUUCUUCACUCUGCAGCCCCAGGCAAGAGAGAAGAUGGACAAAGAUGUCUCUUCUCAGGCAGCUUUUCCCAGCCUGAGCCAAGAGCAGGAUGACUUUGAUGUUUUCACAAAAGCCCCCUUCAGCAAAAAGGUGUCUCGGCAAGAUGGCCAAGUGGCAGGAACCGAGCCUCUGCUCUCUCCCACCUCUCCACGGAGCCUUGAUAUUUUUGGCUGCACCCCAUUUCAGCCUUCCCUUCUCCCCAAGACUGGUGGGAGUAGAGAGGACCUGUUUGGGCUGGUUCCUUUUGAUGAGAUCACAGGGAGUCAGCAGCAGAAGGUGAAGCAGCAGCGUAACCUGCAGAAACUUUCUUCCCGGCAAAGGCGGAUGAAACAGGAGGUCUCGAAGAACAACGGUAAGCGGCACCACGGCACCCCAACCACCACGAAGAAGGCUCUGAAACCCAGCUACCGCACCCCCGAGAGAGCCCGCAGGCACAAGAAAGCUGGACGCAGGGACUCGCAGAGCAGCAACGAAUUCCUGACCAUCUCAGACUCCAAAGAGAACAUCAGUGUUGCAUUGACCGAUGGCAAAGAUCGAACCAACCCUCUGCAGGCGGAUGAAAGUCUGCUGGAUCCUUUUGGAGCCAAACCCUUCCACCCACCGGACUUGCUGCGGCAUCCCCAGCACCAAGGUUUUGGUGAUGGCUGUGGGGAUCAUGGAGCGGUGGUAGCGGCUGGCAGACCAAGGCAGAGCUCCUUGCACAGAGCCAUUCAUGGUGGUGAGGGGCUGAAAACAGAUGACUUUGGUGCAGUGCCCUUCACAGAACUGGUUGUGCAGAGCGCACAGAGCCAGCAGCAACAGGCACUGGAGUUAGAUCCCUUUGGAGCAGCUCCAUUUCCUUCCAAACAGUAAAUGCUUCCAAUGGAUUUCUCCCCUGUUCCACCUGUCCGAGUUACUUACUAGAGGUUUUAAUUAGUGGAGUAAUUUAUCUGGUUGAAUUGACAGGGACCUGUGUUGUACAGUUUGUUCAAGUUCAAGGAGGCAGGGACAGCUUGCACGGUGAAAUUUGGAAUGAUAGCAAAUUCUUAUUGGUUUCUUUGGGUUUUUUGGGGGUGGUUUUUAUGGUUUUGGUUUUUUUGGGGAGGGGGGGUUGUUUGGUUUUGGUUUUUUUUUGGGGGGGGGGGGGAAUUAAAACCAACCCAGGAGCAUCAUUUUGUUGUGGCAGAUGGCUCCUAAAAUGAAAAGAGAAAUUGGAUAUGAAUCAUUGUCUGUCUGUGACUUUGGGCCCUAGGACAUACUGUUAUUCUGCACUUUUGCGUUGCCUUUUCAAUCCUCUGUGAUAUGCUGCGGUGGAGGGGACAGGCAGAGAUCACACAACCAACCUUUUCCAUAUGUACAGGUAGGUUACCACUGUGGUGGUUCUUCACGUCUUGGCCGCGGUAGACCUGAGAACCAAAAUCCAGCUUGAUCUCCUGGAAGCAGUCAAGUCUCUGCUUCCUAGAAGAAAACUACCUUUAUUAAUCAUGAAAAUCAAGAAGCCAAGUCCUCAAGGGGCUGUGGCCUGGAGUUCCAUAGCAUGGCUAUGGCUCAGGCCCUAGCAGACACCUAUGCAGCUGCAGAGAUGAAAGGCAGAUUGAAUUUUUUUUUUUUGUGCCUAAAUGUUCAAUUUUUAUUUGUAUUUUACAGUAAGUGCCGUUAAUGUAAAAUAGCCAACUGGAAGUGUAGAGUUAAAACUAAAGAUACAGAGAAUAUAAUGCUUUGUGAGAUGAAAAGCCUGAAUGUGGGGGAGUAAACCAGCAGGGAUGCAGCACUUUGGAGACUACUCAGUACGCUGGGAAGAGGCUGGUAUAUACAGGACAUCAUUUGGCACACAUGGAAUAUACCAGGUGACUUGUACAGUUGUGAGAUGCAACCAUCAGAUUUAUUUGAUUACAAAAUUGGGAUUUGUGUCUGAAAACACCUUUUCUUUUCCUCUUGGAUUUUUAUUGCCAAGAAAACAUGUAUUCUUUCAAAUCAGUUGGCUUAUUUUAAACGAUUUUAUGAAAGGACUGUAAUGUUCUUUUAAGUUCUGAUGAAUCUAUUGCUGUACUUGAGCAUGUUUUCUAAGAAGGUUUUGCUAAAUGCACUGAGCUUUGAAGAAACUCUCUGCCCCUGACUUUGGGAGCAGAAGCAGAAAGCAGCUGGACCAGUGCACUGCAUUUCACACCACAAAGCCUUACAGGCAGGACCCUGUCCUGCUCCGCCGGACCUCCGAGACACCAGGUGCUGGGAGCAUGUGGUGCCUGUAGGUGAGGGGAAGGUGAUGUGAACAGCCCCGUUGAGGACAAGGUGGUGUUACCGUGCUAUUGAAGUGGGUGCUGUGUGUCGGUGCGACGGCUUCUCCGCUGCCUCGCAACUUGUGCCAAGCACGUGUGACUCGGGACAAGUCCAUUUGUCUGCCUUUUAUUCCAUGGCAAUCCUACAGAGGAAGUGGAAGGAGGUGGUUCUUCUGCUUGACUCAACUUUAUAUCCUGCUCCACUGAAUGCUGAUGAGCGGGUAACUGGAUGUUUAUAUACGGAGGACAUAAGCGUUUGUGGUAGUGCAUCCCUGUGUGUGUGUGUCCCCCCUCCACAGUGAAAUAUCUAGGGCUGUACUUGAUUUUUCUACAAAGUCUUCUGCGGGUUAUCCUGUCGUCCUGAGAUCUGUGAGGGUGGGGGUAGAUCUCUGACAAUAUUUGUUGAAAACAACACAUGAGAACAAGUCAUUUGAAUCCUUUAGGGGUUGGUUUCUUAAAAUGCUCCCUUGAAUAUAUGUGAGAUUGCUUCCUCUGGUCCUGGAAUUGGAAAGUAGCUCAUCUGUAUCUGUAGGUCUUCAUUACCUUCAUCCUCCUCGGUUUUGUGUUCUCACAGGGUUGAUGUGAAAUAUUUCAGCUGUGCUUGAAGUCAGCCUUGUUCAGGCUUAGAAGUUAAGCUCUUAAGAGGUUAUGAGUAGAAAUGUUUCAACUCUAUUUGCACAGGAGUGUCCUAGGCUUUACUACUGCUGUUCUCACCUGUCUGUUUGGUGCCAAAGGCUGUAAGAAGCGCACGCCAAGUUUUGUAGCAAUUUCUGAUACUCAGGUUAACUCUGAUUUUCCUUGUUUUCUUUUCUCUGUGCGUGCUUAUGAACUGCUUUCCUACAGUUUCCUUUGGAGCUGUUCCUUCCCUGCCUAGAUAGCUGUUGGAACAGAAUGAUAUGACAAAUGGAGCAGGUGGGUGAAAAGAAAAAAAGAACACCACAACAGGCAACUGACCCCUGUUUUUUAAAUGGAGCUUUCCCUGGCGGAAAAGCAAACGGCCGAGCAGGCCCUGAACUUGGAGCCAGAGGAAGGUGAACAGGGUGCGUGGGGCUGGGAUGUAGCUCCACUGCCCAAAAAGACACACAGGGAAAAGGCUUAGUGUGGGACUGAAUAUCUAUGUGAAUGAAGAGUAGGAAAUGUGUUUGGUUUUUGUCUGCUCGCCCCGAGGCUUCAGGCUGAGGUAUGCUGCAGGUUUUCCUCGCAUGGCUGGUUGGUUUGGGUUUUGGCAGAGGUGGUGUUCCAGCACAGGAAAGUGAGGUUGUUGGCAGAAACUGAGAGGCAAAGUAAAAGCAAACUGCAAACCCGAGUUGCUCUAAAACUACCCUAAUGCCUCUGGCUGCAUGUAAGUUGUGGCUGAUGAGGCUUGCUUUCUAAUGGCCUUAAACCGUGUUCGGCAAAUUCUAGUUAUGAAACAGGUUUUUGCAUAAAUCUAAGUUUUGUUUCUAGGGUUAAAAUUACUGUAUCCUUUCUUGUGGCUGAAAAGAGAUCAGUAUGCCUGGUUAAGUUGACUUUGUAGGGUAUAUAUUGUUUAUACACAACUAAACCCAAGUUUGGAUUAAAUUUCAGCUAAGAUCCACUGGUCAAAUGUGGUACUGUCAUGGAACACAAUAUCUUUCAGCCUUUAUUUGUGUGCUCGUGACCUUACCUGUAGUACAGGCAAGACCUUGCUGCACUAGACACGUACCAUAUACUGUCUUUGAAGCCAAGAAUGGCAAGGUAAGGAGCUGACCCUUCCUUUCCACCUGACAACACUGAUUGAUUUUUAUAGCUCUCCUUUCAGCACAUUGAAUUACUGAACCCCAGGCCUUUUAGAAUCAGCUGCUUGAGAGAGAUUCUGUUGAAAGGUACUAAGAAGCCAUUAGUGGUUGUGGUUUUGGCAAGACAAGGUAGUAGUGUUUCCCUGCAGAUUCCCAUGCCACCAGAUGUGUGCAAUGGCUUUGACCUGCAUCACCAUGAAUACCAGCUUGGGAGGAUGGAAAUUCUCAUUAUAUGGGGUGUCCCAGCUUAGAAAAACCAAGUACUGUGAAAAUAAGUUGAUAUAUUUGCUACUGUGAGAAUAAGAGUUUAUCUGGAGUUUUUUUAUACUAUAUCGUGUAUUUUUAUAUAUGAAAAGUAUAUAUAAAACAUACACAUGUUCGCACGCAUCACGUAUCUCUUGGAGUUGCUGUGUUUUUAGUAACACAGCAGCCACAAUCACUUCUGUGUGACUUGAGGGAGUGAAUAGGAGAGGGAGAAGUGGGAAGGGUGGCUGCUGUGCUACUGCUCUGUAGUGCUUAUUUCAAAAGGAAAAUCAAGGAAAUUGUGUGUAGCUCAAUUUGUGACUAAGGCAUCACCUAAUGCGAAAAGAGCAUAAAAACUAUUUUUAAAUUGCUGGCAUUCAGCUUUUAAGUGCACUUUCCUGAACUACACUUCCACUUCUUGUUAGACUCCAAGUUUCUGAAGCUUUUUUGUGUACCACUAAACAGAGAACUUUAACUUUUUUUGUGCAACUGAUGUAUGUCAUGAAACACUUGCAGUUGUUAAAUAAACAAA